CAUGUUUGAAGUCUGGUACUGCCACAAAAUGGCAGUAAUUAGUCCUUUUUUGGAAAUAAAAAUAUGGAAUUACUAUUUUGGAAUUUGCAAACUUCUUUUAUUGAUAAAGUAAACAAAUUGACCGGAAAGAGAAGUAAAGCAACCGUUUGAAUCGCCAAAAUUAAAGUCUGAAGAAAUGAAGAAAAUGAAGAUAUUUGUUGAAGCCUGAAGCCGACGGGCUGCCGAAGAAGAUAGGGCUGAAACGUGAGGUUCAAUUCAAUCAAACUAUAAGAUUUUACUGGCUUGAGGUGCUAGAUUUUUUUUGCGCAAAGAAUAUGUAUUAGGAUAAUAUAGUCAAUAGUCAAACUGGUCAACAGUCAAAAUGUAUUUUCUUUUUUCAUUUUCUUUUAUUGAGUUUGUUAGAGUUUGUUACUCGGUUAAAUACUCUAAGACUUUGUAUAAGAGAAAGGAUGAUCUGUAUCUUCUUCUUAAAUGAAUAAUAGAUGAAUUCUUCCGCUUUCCAUUUCUAAGAAAUCUUUCAUGGUAUCAUCUCUUUUCUCUUCCGCAUAAUCAUCAGCGAUUAUGUCUCAACCAGAUCACGUUGUCAAUCCUUCGAAUCCUUACUUUCUUCAUCCUGGAGAGAAUCCAGCUAUUGUUCUUGUUACUCCACCUUUGAGUGAGAAUAACUAUCAUCAAUGGAAACGAGAUAUGGUUGUUGCGCUGGAAUCCAAAAACAAAGAGAAAUUCAUCUUCGGAACUCUUCCUUGCCCACCGAGUUCAGAUCCUUUGUCAGAAGCUUGGAAGCGAUGCAAUCGCAUGGUGAUGUCAUGGCUGAUUCGCUCUAUGAAUCCUUCUAUCAAGCAAUCUGUAAUGUGGAUGGAUACAGCUUCAGAAAUAUGGAAAGAUAUUCAAGAACGUUUCUCACAUGCUGAUAAAUUUCGCAUUGCAGAUCUUCAAGAUCAGAUUCAAACCUGCAAACAAGGUAUAUCAACAGUCUCCGAAUACUAUACUCGCUUAAAUAUUUUGUGGAAGGAAUUGGAACUGUAUCGAUGCAAUCUUCUCUGUACUUGUGCUACACCUUGCUCUUGUGAUUUGAUUAAGAAACUUAAGAAAGAAAGAGAAGAUGAUUGUAUAAUUAGGUUUUUGCGUGGUUUGAAUGACACAUAUGCUCCAAUUCGAUCUCAACUCAUGAUACUUGAUCAUAUGCCUUCAAUUAUCAAGAUUUUCAAUCUUGUUCUUCAACAUGAGAGAGAAUUUGUUGGUGAUCCUAUCCUGACUUCACCUGCUGACACUGUUGCUUUCAUCAACUCAAAAGAAAGUGUCAAUCAAACUUUCAUUCCAAAAACCACACAAAGCAAUUUUAAGAGCAGCAAUAUCAAUAACAGAUUUACUGGGAAAGGAAACAAGUUGUGUACUCACUGUGGAAAGACAAAUCAUACCAUUGAGACAUGCUAUCAUAAGCAUGGUUUUCCAGCUGGGUAUAAGACUCGUGGGAGGAACAAUUCUUCUGUUUUUCAACCAUCUGCAAGUUUGGCUGAAGUAGACACAAAUACUGCCCCACAACAUUCUUCCUCGGUUAAUGGUGAUAAUAAUGAUCAGUUCACUCUUUCAAAGGAUCAAUAUAAUGCUAUUAUAGCUUUGCUUCAACAAACCAAAUUCAGUCCUCAUUCAUCUUCUGUCAAUCACAUUGAACAAUUCAGAAAUGAGAGUUCAGAACUCCAAUUUCAAGAGGAUUGAAGUAGCUGAAAUGUACAAUGGACUUUUUCAUUUGAAGGAAUUCAG